AUGCACUCACCUCCUAGAGAACAGCCUGCCAUCAUGCUCUGGAAACUGGUUGAAAAUGUCAAGUAUGAAGAUAUCUAUGAGAUGUUAGUCCACACCUAUUCCGCCAUGGACCGGCAUGAUGGAGUGCCCAGCCACAGUUCCAGGCUGUCCCAGCUGGGAUCCGUCUCGCAGGGACCCUACUCCAGCGCUCCUCCGCUCUCUCACACCCCAUCCUCGGAUUUCCAGCCGCCUUAUUUCCCACCCCCCUACCAGCCUCUUCCUUACCACCAAAGCCAGGACCCUUACUCCCAUGUCAAUGACCCCUACUCCCUAAACCCCUUGCAUCAGCCCCAGCAGCACCCCUGGGGACAGAGGCAGAGGCAAGAGGUGGGAUCAGAAACCGGGUCACUGCUGCCACAGCCUCGGGCCGCCCUGCCCCAGCUCUCGGGACUGGACCCCAGGCGGGACUACCACUCAGUACGGAGGCCAGAUGUCCUCCUGCACUCAGCUCACCAUGGCCUUGACUCCGGCAUGGGGGACAGCCUUUCUCUGCAUGGCAUCGGACACCCAGGGAUGGAGGAGGUCCAGUCAGUUGAAGAUGCCAAUAACAGCGGUAUGAACUUAUUGGACCAGUCUGUCAUUAAAAAAGUUCCGGUUCCUCCAAAAUCUGUUACUUCUUUGAUGAUGAAUAAAGAUGGCUUCCUGGGUGGAAUUUCAGUCAAUACCGGAGAGGUGUUUUGCUCUGUACCUGGCCGCUUGUCUUUGCUUAGCUCAACUUCAAAGUAUAAAGUAACUGUGGGAGAAGUUCAAAGACGCCUUUCCCCUCCAGAGUGUCUGAACGCAUCCCUCCUAGGAGGAGUACUUAGAAGAGCCAAAUCGAAAAACGGGGGGAGAUCUUUGCGAGAAAGGCUAGAAAAAAUCGGUUUGAAUUUACCAGCCGGCAGGCGUAAGGCCGCAAAUGUCACUUUACUCACCUCCCUGGUGGAAGGUGAGGCCGUUCAUUUAGCUCGGGAUUUUGGGUACAUCUGUGAAACGGAGUUCCCAGCCAAAGCUGUUUCUGAGUACCUGAACAGACAGCACACGGACCCCAGCGACCUCCACUCCAGGAAAAACAUGCUGCUUGCUACAAAGCAACUUUGUAAAGAAUUUACAGAUCUCUUGGCCCAGGACAGGACGCCCAUUGGAAACAGCCGGCCUACCCCAAUUUUGGAACCGGGCAUUCAGAGCUGCUUGACUCACUUCAGCCUCAUCACUCACGGCUUUGGGGCCCCCGCUAUCUGCGCUGCCCUUACAGCCCUCCAAAACUACCUGACUGAAGCUCUCAAAGGCAUGGACAAGAUGUUCUUGAACAACAACACUGCUAACAGGCACACAUCUGGCGAAGGACCAGGUAGUAAAACUGGAGACAAGGAAGAGAAACACAGAAAAUGAGAGAGAGAGAGAGAGAGAGAGAGAGAGAGAGGAAAAAACAUUAGAAUGAAAGAAAGGAAAAAAAAAAGUUAAAUAAAUAAAAGGAGAAGAGAGAGAGAUAACCUUUUAAAACAAAAUCGUCUUAAUUUUAGCUUUAAAAAUACUGGAUUGGGCUUUGGAAGAAUUCUAUUAAGUAGGACAAAAUAAUAAUAAUAAUAAAUUAAAAAAUAAUAAAAGAAAGACAAUAAUUUAAGAUUAGAGGAGCACAAUGGCGCAAGACCAGUGGUUCAGAGUCUCUUGCCAGGAACAUGUGAAGACAACCACCAGGAUU